GGCGGGGCUGAUGGGCGGGGCGUGGGCGUGGACGGCCGUUGGAGGCGGCGCCGCUUCUUUGUCCAUCCGUGUCUUCCGCUUCUCGGCUGACCUCUAGCCGGGCUCCGGCCGGCGAUGGAGACCUGGAGGCUGCCCGUCGAGGUCAUCACUUACAUCUUGAACUUUCUACCUAUCUCUGACAGAAAAGAGGCGUCUUUGGUUAGCCGGGCCUGGUAUUUUGCCGCCCAAGACUCUCUGCGACAGGAAAAUGUCCUCUACAACAUCCCAGCUACUUCUGCUUCACUCAGUACCAUCCGGGCCUUGGCCCAAAGGCACGUAUGCAACAUCAGGAUGGCCAACCUGGACAGCUCUACCACUUCCCGGGAUGUCAUCAAAUACGUUGCCAACUACCUGGGCCCCCAUCUGCGCAGUCUGUGCCUGAACGGGAGCUGCCUGACCGAAGCCAGCUUUGAGGAGCUCCUUCUGGCUUGCCCCAGCCUCGUGGCCCUGGACCUGAGCAGCUGCAACAGCAUCUUCAUGCCCGGCACCCUGCUCUCCAAAAAAGAGACUUUAUUGCAAGCUCAAGAUGCGCUAGUCAAUUUGCGGGAGCUGAAUUUGUCCAGCGUCAGGUACUUGUCCGAUCUCACUUUCAACCGCCUGACCAGCUGUUGCCCACAGCUGGCCAAGCUGGUCCUGGCCCGCUGCCACCUGACCUUUGAGUUUGACAGCUACAGUGACUCCCACGACUACAACUCCUCAGCCCUGCUCUCUUUCCGCAACCUCCUGCAGUUCCUCAGCUGGCGAGCCGCUCGCAUAAAGUCUCUGGAUUUGAGCGGCACCAAUAUUAACAGCCAGGCGAUGAGGACCUUGGUCCAAGUGGAGGACCUCCAGAUGCAGGAAUUGGUCUUGCAGUUUUGCCGGGAUCUGACCAACGAGGCGGUCAGCAUCCUGUGUCAGCACCAGCCUCAGCUGACCACGCUGGACCUGAGAGGCUGCUCUGAGCUUUCGGACCGGGCUGGCCUGGCCAUCAGUUCCCGGCUUCUAUCUCUUCGUUGCCUGCAUCUCGGGAAGCUCCCGCGAAUGACCGAUGCCGGCUUCCAGGGAAUGUCACACCUGAAGCAUCUCCAGAGCUUGGACGUGUCUGAAUGCAGUCUGGUGAGCUGCAGUGAGCUGGUGAAAGCUUUUGGCACUAGCGCAAGACCUCCCGAGCUAAAAUCCUUGAAUGUUGCCUUUUGUUCAUUAUUAAGGGAUAGCACAGUGCUGUCUCUGGCUGGAGCUCUAAGCAAGAGCCUUCGGGUUCUGGAUCUGUCGUCUUGCGUGUCGCUUUCUAACCGAAGCGUCCAAGCCAUCGCUUCCAGUCUUUUACUCUUGACUGUCCUCCGCUUGGCCUGGUGUAAGGAACUGACCGACUGGGGUUUGCUGGGGAUCGGGGAGCCCAGAGAGGAACGUGAACGCGCCAAAGAGAAAGAUGCUGGCCCAAAGUUCAGCAGGAACUUUGGCAAUAUGGGGUUUUUCCUGCCCCCUCCCCAGGAUCUGGAGCAGGAUAAGAUGAUGGUCAUUAACCUCCACCAACAGAAGGCCCAAGAGCAGCGCCAAACCUCUUUGAACGCCUUGACCCGUCUGCAGGAGCUGGACCUGACGGCCUGUGGGAAGCUGACGGACAUGAGCAUAACCAAGGUCAUUAGCUUCCCAGAUCUUCGCUACCUCUCCCUCAGCCUCGUGCCCAACAUCACCGACACUAGCCUCCUCGCUAUUGCGCGCAACUGCCGGAGCUUGGAGCACCUUUCGCUGAGCCAUUGCACAAACCUGACGGAUAGAGGCUUUGCCGAGGCAGCUGGUUCCUUGUGCAGGUUGCAGCAUCUCAUUCUUUCUGGCUGCAACCAGCUGACGCCCAGGACCCUGAAGUCCGUUGGCCAGGAGUGCCAGCUGCUGAAGUCCUUAGAUGUCUCCAUGUGCAGCAAGAUCAGCAUGUCCGACGUUGAACACUUCCAGUCGCAGCUACCCCCUCAAAGCCAGACGAGCAUCCAGUCACGGUUUGUGGGUGGAGCAGAUCUUUCUAUCACCCUUUGAGGAACCCUUGUGGGCGCUUGUGAGCCCAGACUCCUUGAUUAACUUUUCUCCAUCCCAGUGGGAAGGCAGGAAGUCCUCUUGUGACAUCCUUGAUGGCCUCAUGCCCACAGGGUAAAAUGAAUUGCACUCUAGCGGCCGCAUAAGCCCCAUCAAGGAAGCAACUUAUCUUCCAUGAUAGUGGGGACAGGUCCCAAGACUACCUUCCAGAAGUUACUGAGCGAGACCAGCAAUUUCGGUAUUUUACAAGCAGAAUGGAUGAUAUUUAUUUGCUCCAGGAGUUUGGACCCAGGUUUAAGUCCCAGCAGUGCUGGGAGCGGUAUCCCAACAAGACGGCAGGAUAAAUCUUGUUAUUCACACCAGUUUCAACAUAGCCAGGCACGAGCACUUUUUUUGUCCUCUCUAAAGGCUGUGAAUGCCUUCUAGGUGACUAUAUUCUUAGUUGCCAAUCCUUAAAAGUCCCUUUGUCCAUUUUAAACAAAACCUGCAUUUGCUUCUGCUUUCAAAGUCUGCCCUCCUCACCGAUACCAAGCAUCCUUGGACUGUUUGGACACACAGCGAGAUGUCCUGGUGGCUGCUUCUUGCAAACAGGGUGAAAAAGCAACUUUUCCAAUAGCAUCCGUCUCUUCUUUCUAAGCCUGUGACUCAGUUUGUGUACCCAGGGAGGGGAGGGUGUCAGACCUAAAACAGGGGCACAAAUAAAAGACUGCCAUCUUAUCCAUGCUUUAGAGUUUGGGGCAAAGGACAAAGCAAGCGAUGAAACACAACUCUCUCAUCUUGGCUAAGAGUUACCUGUUUGAUUUCACUUCUCACAAACCCCUUCAAGUAAUAAAUCCAAAAUAGCCGAGGUCUGCCAGAUGCCCGUUUCCACAAAAUAGCAUUGGGAGCCAUGUUCUCCAAAAUUUGUCAAGUCGUGCCCAAAAUUUAGUUUUGCACACGUCAACAGUUAAAAAAAAAAAAAAAAGUCCUACCAGUUAACUGUCCACAAAAAUAAGGUGAAUGUGAAAAAGGGUCCCCUGCGUAUCUGCUGGAGUUUUAUGACAUCGUUUUACUAUUACAACUUGAAAAGCCUUUUUGUUUUCAUGGUCCCAAAGGUGCUUUUUUUCAAUAGGCAGCUGGUCUGUCUUGUUUUUCUUUGAAGAUGUUUUGCUUCUCACCCAAAAAGCUUCUUUUCAGUGAACAGUUGGGGAAGAUGCGUGGACUUGAUUCUGCAUGGAUCAAACAGUCCUGAAUUAGGUGCUCUGCUUAGCAAACAGCUCUUUGUGGGAGCCAUUGCUAUUCCACUGACUCCAGUAAAUACAUUUCAGGGUUUUGAUCCGUAAGAUAAAUCUACUCAAACUUGAGAUGACAAAUUAGAGCUUGACGCACCCCAUAUGAUGCCCACAGAGGCAUACCUUUCUUCUUCAAUCUCCCCACGGUGAUCUAGUGGAAGAGGCCAGUGUUGAUCAGAGAAUCAUCUCUGGAUUUCAGCCAUUUUGGUCUUGGUCCCUGCAAGGCUGGUGUUAUUGACUGAUUGACUGAUUAAAUUUAUUUGAUGCCCAUCUUGCUGCAGGCAACGUAUUGACUCCCGAUAAAGGUAAUUUCCCAAUCUCCAGUUGUUUCACAAGCAAUAACCCUUCGCAGAAGGCCCAUCUUAGACUAAAUCAUAUUCCCAAAGCAUCUGUCCCUGCAGCAUAAGAGGUUACCACUCAAUCUUUUCAUUUUCUAAAGGGGGGGAAUGUCAAACUUCUCACUGGGUUUUGACUCCACCUAUACAUUUUAAAGGCAUUUGGUUUCUGUGCCCUGCACAGGGAUCCCAGCUACAUGCCAUCAAAACAAGCAAGCAAACAAAAAAAGUCGUAAAAGUAGUUCUUCCUCUUUUCUUUUUAAUGAUUAAUGGCUUCUAUGCCCAAGGUAGUACCACAGUGAAUUUGUUACAGUAGAAUCAUCUGAGCAGGAAGGAAAUUGGGGAAUGCUCAGGAAUCCCUUUUCAGCAUUUUUCAAGUAGCCCUCGACUUACAACAGCUUACUGACUGUUUUGAAGUUACAACGGCACUGGACAAAGCGACUUAUGACCAUUUUUCACACCACGACUAUUGCAGCAUCUCCAGGGUCACGUGAUCAAAAUUCAGAUGCUUGGCCAUUGUUUCCUCUUUAUGACGGUGGCAGUGUGUGCUGGAGUCGCGUGAUCCCGUUCUGCAACUCUCUUGACCGGCAAAGUUAAUGGGGAAAGUCAGAUUCGUUUAAUAACUGUGUUACUAACUUAGCAACUGCUAAGAUCCACGUCAGAACGGUGACAAGAAGUGGGGCAAAAUUCACUCAACAAAUGUUUCCCUUAGCAACAGAAAUUUUGGGGCUCAAUUGUGCUUGUAAGUCGAGGACUCCCUGUAUUGAAGCAGACAAGGUUUGUUCUUAACCUGUGAAGAGUUUUCGCGGCACAAGACUAAAUCAUACGCAAAGAGUUGGAAGGGACAAAAAAAAAAACCCACAAAAAUUUCUGAUCCAGUGCAAUCAACUCCACAUCUGUUGUGGGGCGAGGAAAAAAAAAAUCUCUUGUGACACAGACACCGAAUGUACAUACAGUGGGUAAAGAACAGCCAAAUUUUCUUU